AUGUUUCACAUCAAGCACUACAAAGAGUAUCUUUACCAGGAUGAACCCCUGGCUCAAAACUACGCCGUAGACAAACAUGUCUAUGGUGCUUCAAUCGUACAACAAGAUUGCUGUAUCAUGAACAAUUUAUCAUUUUAUAAUACUUGUGCGACGAUGGAAAGUGUUUGGAAGGCUCAGUCGGGAAAGCUGGGGCUGAAAGUGGAGUGUCUCCUGCCAAACGAUUUAGUGAAUAUCGCGAAGCAAGAAUGCGAAAGUUUAUACCCACUGCUGCGACUCUACUGUCCUGAAAAAGACAACGAUCGCAAGUAUAAUGUCGAUGAAAAUGUCAUCGCCCAGGCAUACUGCGAUGCUCUGGGUCUCGAAGAAUUGGGCGGCAUAGUCAAUCUCAAAGAAUGGAGGGACCUUGCCAAAAUGCUCCAUAAUUUUACAGACGCCGAAAUUUGUUCAUCCGAUGUAGUUGGGGACUUGUCAUUGGUGGUAGAACAUGUCAUGGAUGAGCGGACAAAUUAUACUCAAUCAAAACUGCGAUUGGGAGACAUCAAUGGGUUGCUUGAUGAAUUUGCCGCUCUCAAUCCUAAGGAACGUCAUCACCAAUACAAAAGCAGAGGCAACAAGGAGAACAUCACACCGAAUGCGAAACCCAACCUUGCUGAGUGGUUCCGAAAAGUGAUUUACCAAGAAAAACUAUCGCCCAUGGAACACAAGUGGCUGGUCCGCAUCAUCAUUAAAAAGCCCGACUUUGGAAUACAAAGUACUAGCAUCCUAAGGGCUGUAAGCCCAUAUGCCAAUGGACUCUUGGCAGCCGACGGUAAUCUCAAGCGCAUGUGUGAUAAAUUGGCCGGUCCUUACUUUGAAUAG